GAUUGGCGGCGGGGCGGGGCGGCCGUCAGCUGUGCGACGGUACAACAACAAAGGGCGGCGCGGGGCGCGGAGCUGAGCGGCUGCGGCGCUGGGAGCGGGGCGGGACGGGACGGAGGUUUAACACAAGCUGUUUACCAGCCAUGACUCUGCGUGUCCUGUACCGAAGCUAAUAAAGCAUCUGUGCACUUUAAUCUGAAGUCUAUGCCACCCUGCUAGAACAGCGUGAGCUGUGCCUUGAACCUUGGAUAUCAAGAUCUACCAGCCAAAGUCUCAUUCCUGCCUUAGUAAUGUUCCAGAGGUUAAAUAACAUGUUCAUGGGAGAGAUUGAUGGCUUGUCCAGCCAAGAGCCAGAGUUCAGUGAGAAAGAAGAUGACGAGUGGAUUCUGGUUGAUUUCAUAGCAGACACUUGCACUAACUGCACCACGGAGCAAGAUGACAUCGCUGAAACAUCACCUGCGGGCAGCUCCCCUGUCUUCACCUGCCUGCCAUCCCCCUUGGAGCACUUGCCUGAGCCUGGAGAGUCGUGCUUCAUCCAGUUUGAGUCGUGUCCCAUGGAGGAGAGCUGGUUCAUCACCCCUCCGCCGUGUUUCACUGCAGGUGGGCUGACUGCCAUCAAAGUGGAAACCAGCCCCAUGGAGAACCUCCUCAUUGAGCACCCCAGCAUGUCUGUUUAUGCUGUCCACAACGCCUGCCACAGCCUCAGCGACGCUGGAUGUGGAGAUGAGGAAUUCUGCAGCCCGGGCAGUCCCAGACUGGAGGCCCGAAAUGAACCAGGACAGCGCGUUCAUUGCUUCGUUGCAGCUCUUCCUACUCGUUCAAGCUUUCUGGAAAAAAACAAGAGCUUUCGUCCUACCCACUGGGUGAAAGAACACAGUGAAAGACACUAUCUCAACAGAAAUGGUCUCCGUCGCCAAAACCUCACCAGGGAUUGCCACUCUCGGCACAUCAAGCACAACGGACUGUUUGUUCACCAGCCUUGCCAGCGUCAGUUCAAUUACUGAUGGCUCUGGUGGUUUUAAUCUAUGAUCUCAUUGUUUCUUAGGUUGCUCAUGUUUUCAUGCGUAGGUAAGCGUGGUCAGCCUGCAGCUGAUCGUUGAUCCCUCAGACACAAUCACAACUAGUGCUGCAUUCGUUUGAAGUGACACAUCUCCAAGAAUCUUGCUGCAAGUCUAAAUUACCUUAAAUAUCAGUGUCUUAGAAGCCUGUCAGUACAGUAGCUCAUGUGCUGACCUAUCUACUAUGUCUAGAUAGGUUCAUAGAUAGUCUCUUAAAGAAGCUUAACUGAGGUAGAAAAUCAGUUGCGUCUUUGCAUUAAUCAAAGUGGAGUUUGAAAAUUCGAAGUUAGCCAUAUGCUUUAAUGACAAGUACUUGACAGCUUGUGUAUCUGUCCGCAUUGGGCGUAUAUGAUUAAGUUCUAACAAGGAAAUACUGUAGCUGCCAGUGAAUAUUACAUAGCUAUGCUGAACUGUUACAAGGACGACUAAUCUGAAUUGGCGAGUACCUACCUGUGUUUGCAUGGAGUCUGUGUAGUUGUGUUAGGUACUUAAGAUGAGUAUCAGAAAAGGGUUAAACGUCCCUUUGGUGUUCCUGCAGUAUCUAUGGCACUGGUGUUACAAAUGAAGUACCUCACAGUGGAGUGAAAGGAAGAGUGGACCUACGGGUUAAGUACAGAUGCAUAACCCAGAGAGCUGAUCUGUUCUACCUGGUACAGUUUGAGUUCUCUUCCCUUUCUAACUCUUUUUAUUGUUGAAGAUCAAUUUUAUUCCUAAAUCCUAAUCUAUUCCAUUUGUUCUGCAGUCUAGUUACAAAAAAAAUGGUGGAUCAACUGUUGUUCUAAUCCCACUGGUAGCUGACUGCUGUUCAGAGAAGUCAGGCUGAUGCUCAGCUAUUUCUGAGCUGCUGAUUGCUGUCAGAUUGUCUUGUUUACAGGCUGAGAGUUGCUCAAAAAUAGCUGGAAGGAGGACUUUUAUCAGAAGCUCUUCUAACUCACUCUGUCUUACCUGUCCUCCCACUCAAUCAAGUCUGAGAUAAAUUGUGACUGGAAAUGAAGGGCAGUGUGUGGCAAGGAGAAGAGCAUUCUGAGACAGUCUUAAACUAAAUACAGGCAAUGGGAUGUAAAAUUUUGAGGCACCUCAGCAGUAGUGUUGUUGUGUUUUGGUUUUUUUGGGUUUUUUUCUAAGUCAACAGGGGGCAGGAAGACUGGAUAUCAAUUAGAUGGGCCACCAGGGAAGAAAAGCCAUUCAAAACUAACAGAUACUUAAGAAUACUUAAGUAUACGCUCUUAAGAACACUCUGCAAGAUAUGUUGGAAGUAGGUGGGCACUUCAAGGCAAAAAAUAGCUUACUAAUAGAUUGUGCAUUGCAUUGAAGCUACAUGGCAUGCUGAACACUGAUAGGUAACCUAGGAGGUGUAUUAAAUCUCUUUGAAGGGGAGAGGGAGCAGAAAUUCUCACAAGAUGGGGGAGAAUAAGUAAUUUUACCUCCUCCCUGUCGGUGCCCAAAUGUUGUGUGGUUUUUGUCUCCCUGUGCUGGGUGCUUAGGGCAUUACAGUGUUAAUGUCGCAUUCAGUCAUGUCUUCCAGUGGUCCUUAGGCAUAAGGACUUAUACAGGGAGCAUUGGAAAUGGGGUGAUAUCAGUGUGAAUUGUCCCAGACCUGCAUCAUUUGUGUUCUAAAUCCAUCCAAAUGCUUCAGAUUUCCUCAGAAGCCCAACAAUUUGAAUUAGUAUUGAUGUAGUUAGAGCAUCAUGUAGUGCAUGGUGUAGUUACUGCUCAUAGAGCAGCUGGAAUUGUUGGGAACAUACCUAGUGUGCAGAAAACAGCAUUUAUUUCAGUCUUCAUUUCUCUCUUCAGUUCUGCUGCUUCCCUGGGAUUAAUUAGGGUCGUUGCGAAGGGAUGUUGGCAGGUACAUGCACAUGUAAGAGCAAGUGGUGCUUUCCUGGAUACGCUGGUCUUUAAAACAUGUGGACUUCAUGUGAACUGGGAAAGAGAACAAAGUUGAUCACAUCGUGAGCCUCAGAAAUAGCAGUGAGAGUGUGAACUACUCCUUGAAGCCUUAUAUACCCGUGUCCAUACAAAACUUUUGUGGUCCAAGUACUUUGGCUUAUCCCCAAGUAGCUGUAGUUUCUCCAGCCUUGCAUCUGUACGUAUCUGCAUCUGGCAUCAACCUGUACUUGCCUCAGAUGAUCUACCUUUACCACUCCAACUCUGUGUCCAGCUUAAACUUCCUUCUCCUCACUGCCACCUUCCUAGCUCAGGAAAAUUCUCUGCUUUCCUGUAUUAUUAUUUUUUCUUGAUAUAUCAAGUAACUACUUUCCUUCAGCUUUAAUUUUCUUAAAGUUCAAUGAAGGAAGAUGAUGUCUCCACCUCCCUGUGUUGAAAGGAGCGACUAAUCCUUUGAAUCUCAACAGGGAGAUGGAGUUGAGAGUAUAAAGGCUCCCAGGCGUUAGAAUGAGAGCCUUGGUCUGUUCUUCUUAGCAGGCAAGUAAAUGCAACUUUAGACUGCUCCUAGAGUUGGGAGAAACCGAGCUCUUUUUUUAUACUACAUUACUAGAUGACUUUCUGGUGAUGAACGCCUAUAUCUUUCAGGAUAUAAACUGUUUUGUUGCACAAAGCUGUGCUUCUCAACCUGUAAUAUUGGAACCCGUAGCAUUGUGUGAGAUAGUACCGCAUCAAUGGCUUUUUGUUCAUUUGUUUGAAGUAUUUAUGUUGGUUUAGCCCCGUUUUAUGCCUGGAGCUGUUGGGCGAUUAGGUUUGUUUUUUGGUUCCUUGUUUUUCCUAGUGAGCUGUGUGGCUUUUUAUAUGGUUUUUGAGUUGUAUUCAGAUGUGUGUUUUUACUUGUCCGAGUGGAGGCCUCGCGCUGUCUCAUACUGGUUGAUACUCAUGAAUUUUUGAAGCGGUAUUUUCAUAUUCUAUCGGUCAACAGCCGCGUUUUAAACUGUGCCUUCUAGGUGUAACUUUACACAGCAAACUUGAAGAUACAAAAGGGACAUUUCAGAUAGGAUUAAUACUGUGUAUCAGUCUAUGCAUAUACGGCAGCUUCUUUCCAGAGCCACUUUGAAUUUGUAGCAGUCUUUUUGAUAUGGAAGAAUGUCUCGCUCUUAUUUUUACUAGUCUAACACAAGCCGAAAGCUGACAAAAUACAGCACCUUGCCAAAAAGUAGCAUUGCUUCACGGUGUGUAUUUACUGAAGUGGUCUUCUGUAUUUUGUUUCCAUGGUGCGUUACGCGCACUGUGGGGAGACGUGAACUCAAUAAAUGGCCUAUUAAAAGUGUCA